UGUCCACAUUUCACAGAAGAUGAACAUAAGCACGGCACGCUAAAUAUAAAAAAAUGUAGAAUCAGCAUGACAUGACAACAGCAACAAAUUACUACAGAACACUUGAAAUGAAAUUUGGAAGCCUGCUUUCACAAACCUGAUUCCUCCAAGCUAUAUAUACAUAGGGGAGCAGGUGAGCUCUCCUCGCCCGGCCAUCCGUACCAAAAUUAGCCGUGCUACUUGCCAGGCCGUCCGUACCUGUUUUGGGUCACCAAAUGCAAUGUGCGCCGGACCUGCCCAUGCCAUUUCCUCCCUCCAUCUAACCCCACUCUCCACGCCACUCUCACCCGCUCUUCAUUUACCCUCCCCGCCUCACGCUCCUCCUCCUCUACCUCCUCGUCACUCGUCCCUGUCCCAAGAUAGCAGCCCAGCACAAACUCUCAUGGUCAUUCUCUUCCAAAAGUGAGACAGCAAAAAUGGAGGGUUUUCUACUCGCCUCGCGCUUCCACUAGUUGCCGCAUCAUCAUCUGUUCCCUUCGCGAAGAUGGCGCCAGCUCUGCGGCUCCUCCUCGCGUUCCUGGCAAUUGGAUCCUGCACAGCUGCUGACCACGUCGACCUGUGGCCGAUGCCCAAGACGGUGUCCCACGGGACGCAGAGGCUCUACGUCAGCAACAACGCCACCAUGUCGAUGGCGGGAAGCAAGUAUUCCGACGGCAAGGCGAUCCUCAAGGACGCCUUCCAGAGGAUGCUUGAUUUGAUGAAGCUGAACCACAACGCUGACGGUGCAAACCCAAGCUCCUCCCUGCUUACCGGUGUUAAUAUCGUCGUUCUUUCGACACAAGAUGAGCUCGGCUUUGAGGUAGACGAGUCAUACAACCUGACUGUUCCCACAAUAGGAGAGCCACUGCAUGCGCAGAUUGAGGCUCAAACAGUUUUUGGAGCACUUCACGCCUUACAGACAUUUAGCCAACUGUGUCACUUUGAGUUCACAUCAAGGCUUAUUGGACUCAACUCAGCUCCGUGGAUGAUUAGUGAUGCGCCCAGAUUUCCUUACCGAGGCCUUCUUAUUGAUACCUCAAGGCAUUAUCUUCCUCUCGCGACAAUUAAAGGAGUGAUUGAUGCAAUGACAUACAGUAAACUGAACGUUCUCCAUUGGCAUAUCGUGGAUGAGCAGUCAUUUCCGAUUGAAAUACCUUCAUACCCAAAACUGUGGAACGGUUCAUACUCUUAUUCUGAGAGAUACACAAUGCCUGAUGCCAUCGACAUCGUACGAUAUGCUGAAAAAAGAGGUGUAAAUGUCUUGGCCGAGAUUGAUGUUCCUGGGCAUGCUCGCUCAUGGGGUGUUGGCUACCCAGAAUUGUGGCCAUCAGAUAGCUGCAGAGAACCGCUUGAUGUCAGUAACAACUUUACCUUCAAAGUUAUUGAUGGUAUUCUUUCAGAUUUUAGCAAGGUUUUCAAAUUCAAAUUUGUCCACUUAGGAGGUGAUGAAGUCAAUACAAGCUGCUGGACUGAAACACCCCACAUUAAGGAAUGGUUGAAUAAUAACCACAUGAAUGUGUCAGACGCAUACAGAUAUUUUGUGUUGAGAGCCCAAAAGAUAGCAAUAUCACAUGGAUACGAAGUCAUUAACUGGGAAGAAACGUUUAACAACUUCGGAGAUAAGUUGGACCGUAAAACCGUGGUGCAUAACUGGCUUGGGGGGGAUGUAGCACCAAAAGUGGUUGCUGCAGGGCUGAGAUGCAUAGUAAGCAACCAGGAUAAGUGGUACCUAGAUCACUUGGAUGCCACAUGGGAAGGAUUUUACCUGAAUGAACCCCUGAAAGGAAUCAACAACACAGAACAGCAACGGUUGGUUAUUGGUGGUGAGGUUUGCAUGUGGGGAGAGCAAAUCGAUGCAUCAGAUAUUGAACAAACUAUUUGGCCACGUGCUGCAGCAGCUGCAGAGAGACUGUGGAGUCCACUUGAGCAGAUUGCUGAAGACACCAGGUCAGCCACAUCAAGACUGUCACGCUUCAGGUGUUUGCUGAAUCAGAGAGGGGUAGCUGCUGCACCAUUAGCUGGCAAUGGUCGUACAGCACCAUAUGAACCUGGUCCCUGUGUAAGGCAAUAGGAUAUUCAUAGCAAAACUGGAAGUAGCAUUCAAAGAGGAUACACGUCAUUUCACAAGUGUUAGCUCAGCAUUAUGAAUCUGAAGUAGUUAUAUGGUUGUGUAGACUAUAGAAGGUUUCAGUGAGUCCUUACUCUCUUC